AUGCUCGCUUCCACCACACUCGAGAUCGGCCAGAACAACACUGCUGUGGCAGUCACCAUGGACAAGACCGCCGAAUUUGCCAUCGUACCCAUGGAGGUUUCGGAUAGGAAUGCAACACAUGGCAGGAGCGAGCUUGAUCAGCGAUCGAUAGAAUGGCAUACGGGCGACUGGUACUCGUAUAUCGCUGCCUUCUCCAAGGAGGAUGCAGCCUCCGAUCGGCUCCCCGAAUCUCACCAUUUGUUACACCUGCACCAGGGCUCCUACAAGCUGCUUGUCCGCCCCAUGUACGAGAUCCGCAUCUUUGGAGAUCCGCGUAACAACGGCGAGCAGGAAUCUCCGCGGAUGGUCCUGGGUAUCGACAUGGCCGCUCGUGCUCUCGAUGAUGUGCCGAGAGACGAGGUAGUUGGGAUCCAUACGGAUCCACACCACAGCAAUGUCCCACACGUGGUCGGAGGAUGGCUCGCUGGAUGGGGCCUCUCCUUCGGUGUGCGCAACAUGCAUCCAACCGAGGCUUACACGCUAGAAAGCAUAGACAGCCUCAAACAACCAUCGAUCUCUGUCGAGCUUGGUAUCCCGCUGACAUUGUCGCCGAGCCAGACACUGGUUGUCCCCACCAAGCUGAAUCAAAGUGCACCGCUGGGUGCAAGCAUCACCAGCCUGGAUCUUUCUCUGACGCUGCGCUCGGCUGCAGGCGACACAAUCACCAAAGCGGUCUCCGUUCCGCUCAUCCACAAGGACGCCUUUUGGGAAGCAUCGAGCGACGAUCAAGAUCACCAUGCCUACAUGUACAGCUACCUCGCCCCUGACAAUACUGUGCAGCUAGCCGCAGCCACGCCGCCGAGGAAACCAGCAGCAACUUCCACAAACCAAAGCGCGCUUCCACCGUUGAUGCUGACGCUGCAUGGAGCUGGUGUGGACGUCCGCGAUUUGUUCUUCAGCAACAGCAUCAAGCGACAAGACGAGUGCUGGUCCAUCCUGCCCACUGGUCGCACGCCGUGGGGCUAUGACUGGCAGCUGGCGUCGUUCCAAGCAGCCGAUGCAGCCGUAGAUGCAUUCCACCAGCAUCUGUAUGGUCUGCCGCCGACAAUGUCGGAUGCAGAGCGGCAAAAGUGGCAAUUCGAUCCUCACAAGCUGUUCAUCAUGGGCCACUCGAACGGUGGACAGGGCGCGUGGUACCGUCUUUCGCGCUAUCCAGACCGUGUCAUCGCCGGUGUCGUGGCUGCGGCGUACACAAAGGUGUCGGACUACGUCUCGUUCGCCUGGAAGGUGGGUCGUCAUUACGCCGAUCCGGCACUGCACGGCGUGCUGCAUAGCUCGCUGAGCAUGUUCGAGAACGACCUGUUUGCAAGCAACCUGGCCGGCAUCGAUCUGCUAAUCAAGUACGGCUCUGCGGACGCUAAUGUGCCGCCAUGGAACUCGAAGGAUAUGGCGAUGCUCGUGGAUGGCUGGAACAAGAGGUCUGGUUUGCAGGGAAAGGUCAGGGUCUCGGAAGUUCCGGGCCGACCGCAUUGGUGGGACACGCUCUUCUCCGAGGACGACGUGCAGACUGCCAUCGAGGCUGCAUGUACAUCGAGCAAGAAUCCUGGGUACGCUAUGCCCGAAGCGCCGCAGAGCUUCACGCUCACUGUGGCCAACCCAGCCGAAGCGGGGCCGAAAGGUGGGUGGCAGAUCACCGAGGUCGAGGUGCCCGGUCGCCUCGCCAGGUUGCAGGUGCAAUACACGGCCGACGAGUCUUCGGAGGAUGCUGUCGCAGGUAUUGGGCAUGUCAAGCUGCACGCCAGCAACGCCAAAAAGUUCCACGUGCAGCUCGAUGCACUGCAAAGCUCAACGGUCGCCACAUUUGGGAAUGCGAGCGCCGUGCGCGUCACCUUGAACGGUCAGACGUCGAAUGUGGACAUUGAAGGUGCACGUACACUCGCAUUCGAAGCUGGACCCAGUGGAGAAUGGCAAGUCCUGGCUUCGGAAACAAGGUCGAUCGAUGCACCGGCGGCGCGACCCAUCGGCCCGCUGUUGCGCAUUGUCUCCACUGCGGGGCCGAUGGUGCUGGUAGUGCCCUCGGAAGGACCUGUGACGGAGGUGUCCAUGUGGAAGCGUGUUGCGCAGCGUUUUGCAGCGGAUCUACUCCUGUACGCCGGGAUCAACUCGCAGCUGGUGCCCGACGCCAAUUCUGCCGCACUCGUAGAGGCAUGGCUCAAAGGUCAUCUGGGCAACGUAGUCGCAUUCGGCGGUCCGCACAUCAACAGCUACUCGCGCACAAUCUACUACGAUUGGCCCACGAAGCAUCCGAUCCACUUUGUCGAUCCCGAGUCCUCGGCUCAAUUCCGGAUCCAAGGUCGCCACUUCUAUGAAAAUGGCACGGCCCUGCUGACGCUUGCGCCUCAUCCGGAGCUGCGCAACGGCCUCGCGAUGGUAGUGCACGGCAUUGGAAUAGAGGGCAUUAGCCGCGCUGCGCGACUGCUGCCAACACGAACUGCAACGAUGAUUCCCGAGUGGAUCGUCGUCGAUUCCACCGCCGAGUGGAUGGGCGAGGGCGGAGUUCAGGCUGCAGGCUGGUACGACGCCGACUGGGGCUGGUCCGAAGGCAUGUCGUAUGUCCAGUGA